ACCAGUCGCCUAUCGAACCGACAAAUGGCCAGCGCCCAGACUCAAAAUGCAGCUAGAUCGAAGGAGCCACGUACAGAUAUUGCCUCUGCCGCACGCCGAGGCGCUAUCAGCAACAAAUCAUAAUAAGAACAUAGACGUUUUUCCGGGGUCGGCACCACACUGGACACAAGGGACUUGCGGAUACUGUAAUGGUAAGGGAAAACCGACUAGGUCUAUUCAUUGGAGCAGACUCAGAGCGAACUCUUACAGGUACUGUAUAUGUUCCCUCAUGCUAUGCUAUGUUCGGUGCACAGUGGCAUAUCCCUCCACCAAUACUCGUAAUGUCGAA